GCCCAGGUCCGUCAUAUACUUCUGUGUGAACCCGAUACACCUCUGCCUCCAGCCAAAUCCCCGCCAGGCUCUUGACACCCACCGCGUCCUCCAUUCUCACCUUUUCUCUUUCUGCAAUCCCUGCUUGUUCCUUUUCCUCAUGUCGCUUUGACUAUUGGCACAUCUCUUACACCAUUCGUCUCUUUUGCCUUGACCACCCACCGGAUUACACGGGUUUCUCGCUGCUACACAUAGGCUGCAACCCAUCCUUCUUCGUCCUCCAUCAGGGACAUCUAUGUCCGACUCGAGCUUGCCUCGUCGCCAACCGCCUAGUCCUCUCGUAUUCUCCCCAGAUACUGUUUUACCUCCCAUACCCUCGACCAGCAACAGCUCUACUCAUGGAUCUGGCUCUAAUACCGUUUCUAUGCCUUUCGUUAGGCGGCAUGUAUAUCGUCGUCUGAAGGCUGCAAAGCAGGAGUGCGACAAGGAGCUUCAACGUGUCACAAAUUCCAUCACUGCCUUCUUCGAAGAAAGGCUCAGGGAGGGCGAACACGAGCAGGAGGCUGAGCGUGAACAGCGCGAGUUCGACAGAGGCCGUGACCACUAUCACGAUGUCCAACAUGACGAGACGGAUCAUCUCCGCGAAGGCUUUGUCCUUCAACCCAGCGAGCUGAGAUCUGCUCUUCAGCUCGAAGAGGCCAGUUCUGAUGGUGGUUAUGAGGCCGAGCCUGAGGCUUAUACUCGAAGUCGUCACGUUUCCCUUUCUUCUAGCCCUGCUGCUCUGCGAAGGCAUUCCACCCUCCCUCGUGAAAAGUCUUAUUCUCAUAUUCCUGGUACUGGUACUGUGAGCCCUGCUAGCAGUGCCACUCCACCCCCGGAGGUCGUUAGUCCUCGAAAACGAGAGAAUACCACCGCGUCUUCGACUUCUACGCAAUGGAGUGGCCAAAGUCUCGCCUCCCGGCGGUUAUCUCGUACGAUUCACAUCCCCGUUCAUCCCACUCGCUCUGGUGCAAGCUCCCGUUCCACGUCACGUUCACGUUCACCACUUCCCCGUUCCUCCUAUAUCGAGCCUUCUAAUAUAAACCGACGCUCGUCUCGCAUUCUGGUCGACGAUCCUGUCGAUCCUAUCAUGACAACACUUUACGACAUAAUCGGCGUUGCUACCGAUGUCAUGGACAUGUCCAUCAACCAACUCACUGCUCAGCCAAAAAUCUGUGAAUCUCUCGUACAGAGGGUACAGAAUAUUGGCAAGGCAUGGGAUGAACAUCCCGACUGGCAUGGUCGCAAUUGGUAUGUUCAAGUACUUCUUGCUAUUGCUAGUCUUAGUCGAGUGGUGGAAUGGUGGGAGGCCGAGAAGCAAUUCUGGAACUUCGACGAUAACGACGAUGAACAAGAGGAGCCUCUUCUUUUCGUCCUCAAACCUGCGGACGAAGAUGCUUCACAACAUCCGCCACCUACAGCACGUCAUGACACACCAGAGAGUGGACCUCUCAAGGUCCCGCCAGAAGACGAAGCUCGUUUGCGCAUGUCGCGAACGACCAGUGCUGGCCGACGGUCUAGGGACGAAGUACCCAAGGAUCUUUCCAUGACCGCGACACACAAGGAACCGGAGCAUCCAAGAAAUGCAGAAUCAGCGCGUGUCCUGGCUACUGAGCGUCUACGCCUGCAAGCAGAGACGGCUCAGAACCAGAACAUUGUUAUGGAGCUCAGUCUAGACGGCGAUCAUUUCCUGUGGAUCAAUUAUGCAUGGCGUAAUGUCGUAGGGAAUGAUCCAGAAGAUCUCGUUGGUACUCGUGUUUCCAAACUGCUAGUGGCUUCUGACUGGCAUGUCUUCCGAGACGCGACUAGGCGCCUUCUGGACGACGAUUCGCAUACAGUCGAGGCACGGUUCAAGGUUAGGCUUUUCGAUGAAAACGAGCGGGAUUCUAAUGUGCCAGCGGUGUAUCGUCAAAUGGAAGGCAAAGGUAUGUUGAUGAUUGAUCGUGAGACCGGUCAGCCGUCACAUACUAUGUGGGUUGUUCGGCCUAUUGGUCCUCCGGAAUACUUGCAUGCCCCACCUUCAAUACUUCUCGAGUCUGGCGAAGUCGGUGAAGAGCCGAGUCCGGCAGAGAUUACUCAAAUCGGUUUCAGACCGCCGGCGACUAUUGAACCUGUCUCGCCCUUUCCGAUCCAGCGGCCUAUCAGCACUGCGCUGAUCUUGUGUCGAAUAUGCGAAUGCAGUAUACCACAAUGGUAUUUUGAGAAGCACAACGAAACUUGCAGCGAAGUGCAUCGACUUGAAGCCGAGAUUUGUGAAUGCAACGAGUCUAUUGCGGAACUCCGGAACACUAUCAGGGACCUGCAAGCUGCGAUGGAUCGGUCGUCGCCGAUGACUGUACCGGAGUAUCGUGGCAUGCCAAUAUUCUCUCCGUCUACCUCGCCGAGUUCGUCGUCUCCCUUGUCAUUACUCCGUGCGCCGCUGAAGAUGAAGCGGAUGAGCGUCAAGAAGUUACAACGGCAGAUUCUGGAGCAAUUGGAAGAUAUCCUGUCUCUUGCGGCGGAGGUCUCAAUACCUGUAUUAAAGGAUGAAGAGUCGGCCGAACCCAUUGAACGGCAGAGGUUACUCUCUCCUGCUUCUGAACGCAAGAUGUCGCAGAUUCGUCGUUGGUCUAAGCCUUCCAUCGAGGAUCAAGCUUUGACACAACUGAUUGACGAUGCUGAACGCGUCAUGCGCCAGAAGAUCGACAACGUCGUUCGCAUGCAGAAUACCAUACGAUAUUCUGAGAAGAUUCGACAAGAGUGGGAAGAGAAAGUCGAACAGACUUUGGCUGCUCAACGUGACGUAGACAACGAAUCCGAUUCUGGCGACGAAGCCGAGGAAGGCGAAGGCGAUCAAGGGUUGGAACAAGGACAAGAACGUAGUGUCGACGAUGACCAGUCAAGCACGACUUCGGAAUAUGCGUUUAGCGGCCAAGCGACAUCCCCUGAUCCUACACCUUUGGCAUCUGCCUCGCCAAUACCUUUCGUGGUGCCCUUAUCACGAACAGACAGCGCGGCUAGCAGUACCUUCUCCUCUGCCACAUCCACUGCACCAAUACCCGUAUACUGGCAGCCGAGUACAACAUACCACACCCGUUCAUCUACCCCUUCCUCGAUAUCCUCCCCUCUGGCAUUGGCUGCUCCCAUCGUCGCGUCGAACGUUGCUGAUGAUAUGCCGCCCAUGGAUUUGAAUGAUGCUCCUCUCACAGUUACCCGUGUUCGCAAGUCUCCUCAUAGUCUGGAACCUAAGCUACUAAUCACCCCUCCAUUAUCACCCAUGGUUUCUCCUCAAGAUGCGCCCACUGCCCGUCGACUGAGCAGACGACAGUCUUCUGCACAACCAAUAAUUAGUCCUACUACUUCAGUCGCUAAUGUCCCCCUUUCCCCGCGUUUGCCUUCAGUUGCUCCGCUUUCGAGAUCGUCGCCUGCGUCUAUAAAGGAUUUCGAGAUUAUCAAGCCUAUCAGCAAGGGAGCAUUUGGUUCUGUCUUCUUGGCGAAGAAGAAGACUACUGGUGAUUAUUUCGCGAUCAAGGUCCUCAAGAAGGCCGAUAUGAUUGCGAAGAAUCAAAUCACCAACGUAAAGGCGGAGCGCAUGAUUCUUAUGAAGCAGGCCGAGUCUUCUUUCGUUGCCAAGUUAUACUUUACUUUUCAGAGUAAAGAGAACCUUUACUUGGUAAUGGAAUAUCUCAACGGAGGCGACUGUGCGGCGCUCAUAAAGUCCCUUGGAUCUCUACCUGAGGAGUGGACCAGGAACUACAUCGCCGAGGUCGUGCUCGGUCUGGAGUCGCUGCAUCAACGCGGGAUUGUACAUCGUGACCUCAAACCUGACAAUCUGCUCAUCGACCAGCAUGGUCAUCUCAAGCUUACCGAUUUUGGCCUGAGCAGAAUCGGUCUCUUGGGUCGCCAGACUCGCGAUGGGCAAUUGUCUUUCCUGGGGGGAGGGAGACCGCGUACACGCCAUAACUCGCGCCCUCCCUCAAUUGAUUCGUACAUAUCGUCGCCUAUGCUCGCAGCCGAUCUGCACCCCGGAGAUGACUACAGCGAGUCCAGCGGCUCGGAAUCCUUGUACAAUUUCUUCCCCAGGAAGAACGGGAAUGGGAAUGGGAACGGGAACAACAACAAGCAGAUCAGCGAAAGCCCUCUACAAUCUUUUGCAACCGAGUUGACGACUGAUCUUCGUUCUCAUCCCACACCAAGCGGAACACCUCCAGGUGAAGGCAAAGUGGUCGGUACGCCGGAUUACCUCGCGCCAGAAACUAUUCUUGGUCUACGUGGUGACGAUGCCGCAGUCGACUGGUGGGCACUAGGCGUGAUCACUUAUGAGUUCCUUUAUGGUAUCCCUCCAUUCCAUGAUGAAACUCCUGAGAAGGUAUUCGAGAAUAUCUUGUCUGGGCACAUCGAUUGGCAUGAGGACUUCGUGGAGGUCUCGCCAGAGGCCAAGGACUUCAUGCAGCGACUGAUGACGUUGGACCCGGCCCAGCGUCUUGGUGCCAAUGGUGCCGAAGAAGUGAAGGCUCAUCCAUUCUUCACAGGCAUUGAUUGGGACAAGGUCACCACUACAGAAGCUGCUUUCAUUCCUCAAGUCACGGAUCCCGAAUCAACGGAUUACUUUGAUCCUCGUGGUGCUGUUCUCCAGCUAUUCAAUGACAAUGACCUGCCCGUGCCCGCCAUCUCGGCGAACGAGAGUCCGAACUUGCAACAAGAUGAUUCGCUACAUCCUGCUGCGUCUGCACCAGUGCCUAUCGCCGGGCGUGAGUCAAUAUCUUCUGGGGAUGAUGAUUUCGGAUCCUUCAGCUUCAAGAACUUACCUGUGCUCAAGCAAGCCAAUGACGAUGUCAUCCGCAAGCUAAGAACGGACCAGAUGGCACCCAUUGCCCAUACGCUUUCGGAACCGGCUGGUGUUCAUCCUCGGCGAAAGAGCAUUUCGACUCGCAUCAAGAAGCCCUCUAGUGUCAUCACAACUUCGGAGCUUCCGAUCAAGAGCAUGACUGGCCCCCCUUCGCCAGCUACCUCAACAUCGUCCAUCGCGUCUUCGCCGUCGCGAGGUCCGCCUACGCCUGGUAGCGGAAGUGGUCAUUCCCGCAAACCUUCCGACUACAAUACGAUCGAGCGUUUCAAGCACAACCAUAUGGAUUCUGAUGUUAUUCGUCGAAACUCUAUGCCGAGUCGAUUGAGGACAGCAUCCGUGUCCACGAGUGGUGACGGCUCGGGAUCUGAGUCGUGGACCAACCCACCUGGCUCCUCCUACGGCGGACAGUAUGAGGUGCACACUCCACCGUCCUCUGUAGCGUCUAUCGACUUGAAACGAGCUCCUGAUCCGCAAGACCGCGCUGUGACAUGUUUGUUGGCAGAAGACAAUCCUAUCACGGCUAAGAUCAUCGAGACGUUGCUUAUCCGUCUUGGUUGUCGAUGUGUUGUGGUUGCGGAUGGUUCUGAAGCAAUCAGCGUCGCCAUGGGUGAUAUCAAAUUCGAUUGCAUCUUGAUGGAUCUUCAUAUGCCCAUUCUUGACGGAGAGGGAGCUGCACGAUAUAUCAAAACAACAAAUAACAAGAAUGCGAACACGCCCAUCAUUGCAGUCAGCGCAUAUGGUUCUGAUUCGCAGGAGGCCAAGAACGAGCUCUUUUCCGCAUAUCUGGCGAAACCCGUUCAGAAAGCCGAUCUCCUCGCAGCUAUGCGCCAACUCGGGUUUAAAACCUCCACCGUACAAGGACGUGGGACCUCUGCGAAGGUACAUUCCGCUCUGCCCACUACGAUGGUCACAGCCAGCUCGCCCCCGCUCCGAUAGCAUUCGCUUUUUCAUGACUGAUUUCUUCUGGUUCCACCUCUCACAAUCAUUUGCAUUUUCAACAUUUCUCUGCUUCACAUCUUGGUUCAUAUUGUGCUCAUGGUCAUGCCUCAUUCCCACUCAUACGUAUCCCCAAUCUUGUCAUUCGUCAUCAUAUCAUGCAUUUCCAAGUCGCAUAAUUUCGUACACUCUCCAUACAUCUGCUCUGCAACCUGUCUCUCCUUCUGCAUUGUACUUCCUAGAGUACCGUUUUCUUCCCCCAAUCUCAUCCAGGAUCGUUUUUGAGGACAGCUACUCAUCAUCAGUGCAUAUUCGACGUGUGAUCAUUAUUCGUUCAUUAUACUACGGACAACUUUGAAGUUCAAGUUCAACAGCGCUUAGCUCUAUCCAACGUCUUUCUUGCUUUCUCCGACUUUUCCUCUACAGUACUGCUCGAAUACUUAGUGCUCUUAGC